CUAGUCCCGCCAGAGUGUGAGGCGCCUGCCGGUAACGGUCGCCCGGGUGAGGGGCGGGAGGGAGAGGAAAGGCUUUAAAUGUUCUGUUUUGAAACAGCGAGACCCAGACGCGUCGGCGACCAGGUGUCGCCGCUUCCUGCUGCCGGGGGCUCGGCGUCUAGGUUCCCUCUCCACGCCCCCUCCCUUCCCGGCCCUCUCCUCGGGAGCUGAGCGACGCUUGGGAGGAGGCUGCGGCUGACCCGGCGGCCGCUGCAGCCCGGAGGUGGCGGAGGCGGGGGCACAAAGCCGGCUGCGCUGCGAGAGAACAAGACUUGAAACAUGAGUUCAGACACCAGCCAAUCUGUGAUCACUACUCCUCCCCUCCCCAGCAUGCCUCACAAAGAGAGGUAUUUUGACCGAAUCAAUGAAAGUGAUCCAGAAUACCUUCGAGAGAGGAACAUGUCUCCUGAUCUACGGCAAGACUUCAAUAUGAUGGAGCAGAGGAAGCGAGUUACUCAAAUCCUACAGAGUCCUGCCUUUCGGGAAGACUUGGAAUGCCUCAUCCAAGAACAGAUGAAGAAAGGCCACAACCCAACUGGUUUACUAGCCUUACAACAGAUUGCCGAUUACAUCAUGGCCCACUCUUUCUCAGGCUUUUCUUCACCUCCCCUGAGUCUUGGCAUGGUCACACCUAUUAAUGACCUUCCUGGUGCAGAUACAUCCUCAUACGUGAAGGGAGAAAAGCUUACACGUUGCAAACUGGCCAGCCUGUACAGACUUACAGAUUUAUUUGGAUGGGCACACCUGGCAAAUACAUACAUCUCAGUGCGAAUAAGUAAGGAGCAAGACCAUAUUAUAAUAAUUCCCAGAGGCCUCUCUUUUUCUGAAGCUACAGCCUCCACUUUGGUAAAAGUCAAUAUAAUAGGAGAAGUGGUUGACCAGGGAAGUACCAAUUUGAAAAUCGACCAUACAGGAUUCAGUCCGCAUGCUGCAAUCUAUUCAACACGUCCUGAUGUGAAAUGUGUGAUACACAUUCAUACCCUUGCUACUGCAGCUGUGUCCUCCAUGAAGUGUGGGAUCCUUCCAAUUUCCCAAGAGUCUCUUAUCCUGGGAGAUGUAGCCUAUUAUGACUACCAGGGGUCACUUGAUGAAGAGGAAGAAAGAAUUGAACUUCAGAAAGUUCUGGGUCCAAGCUGUAAGGUGCUGGUGCUCAGGAACCAUGGCGUGGUGGCACUUGGCGAGACACUUGAGGAGGCUUUCCAUUAUAUUUUUAAUGUGCAGAUGGCCUGUGAGAUUCAGGUGCGGGCGAUAGCAGGGGCAGGGGGAGUAGACAAUCUGCUCAUACUGGAUCUUCAGAAGUAUAAAGCUUUCACCCAUGGUGUAGCUACGUCUGGAGGAGGCGGAGUAAAUAUGGGUUCCCAUCAGAAAUGGAAGGUUGGCGAGAUUGAAUUUGAAGGGCUGAUGAGGACCCUGGAUAAUUUGGGCUACCGAACAGGCUAUGCAUACAGGCAUCCUCUCAUUCGAGAGAAGCCUCGGCACAAGAGUGAUGUGGAAAUCCCAGCAACUGUGACUGCUUUCUCCUUUGAGGAUGAUACUGUGCCUCUCUCCCCUCUCAAGUACAUGGCACAGAGACAGCAGCGUGAAAAAACAAGAUGGCUGAACUCUCCAAACACUUACAUGAAAGUCAACGUGCCUGAGGAGUCUCGGAACGGGGAAACUAGUCCCAGGACCAAAAUCACAUGGAUGAAAGCAGAGGACUCCUCUAAAGUUAGUAGUGGAACACCUAUCAAAAUUGAAGAUCCCAAUCAGUUUGUUCCUUUAAACACGAACCCAACUGAGGUGCUAGAAAAGAGAAAUAAGAUUCGGGAACAGAAUCGAUAUGAUCUGAAAACAGCAGGACCACAGUCUCAACUGCUCGCAGGAAUUGUUGUGGACAAGCCACCUUCUACCAUGCAAUUCGAAGAUGACGAUCAGGGCCCACCAGCUCCUCCUAACCCAUUCAGUCAUCUCACGGAAGGAGAACUUGAAGAAUAUACGAAGACAAUCGAAAGAAAGCAACGAGGCCUGGACGACGCUGAGCAGGACUCACUCUCAGAUGACGCUGCAUCUGUUUCACAAAUUCAGUCUCAAACUCAAUCACCGCAAAAUGUCCCUGAAAAAUUAGAAGAAAACCACGAGCUAUUUUCCAAGAGCUUCACCUCCAUGGAUGUGCCUGUCAUGAUUGUGAAUGGCAAGGAUGAGAUGCAUGAUGUUGAAGAUGAGCUUGCUCAGCGCGUCAGUAGGUUAACUACGAGCAUGACCAUAGAGAACAUCGAGAUCACCAUUAAGUCUCCAGAAAGGACUGAAGAGGUCCUGUCACCUGAUGGCUCACCCUCAAAGUCACCAUCCAAGAAAAAGAAGAAGUUCCGCACGCCUUCUUUUCUCAAAAAGAGCAAAAAAAAGGAAAAAGUUGAGGCAUAAGUAGUCUUUUUGUAAUUUGUAUAUUACAAUGUGACAUUGCACAAUUAAAUACCACAUUUUAGUUCAUUGUUAAUAUACAGUGGUAGAUUGGAUUGGGGGUAUAUAGCAAACUGGACUUUAAAAACUGGAAAGAAGUUUUACUAAAAGAAAAACAUUAUGGAAAACUUUUAAAUUCAUCUCUUUUUAUAUGUCCAAAAAUGGCUUUGAACUUUUAAACAGUUGCUAGUUUUACUUAGCACUACCCUCACGAAGUAUUAUUGUUGUUAAUCACUAACAGACACCUGUCUGUUACUUCAGGCCUUCUCCACCAUUUCUGCUGGAAAGAAAUUGCCAGUGAACAAGUGAGAAUUUUGCCUUCUCAACAGCUGCCUCACUUGCUAAUCAGACUGUGAUUUUGUCAUGGUUAUUGACUGUGUCUUUUGGGUCCCCAUUGUUACAAUGGGCAUUAAUGGAAUGCUUUCAAAGCUUCUACAAUAAGAAUCUGUAGCAUUAGUAUACACUGGCACAUAAUUUUUUUAGAUGUUUUAAGAAAAGAUUUGUUUGGAAUUUUACUCAUUGUAUGAAAUUCCCUCACCUGAAGUAACUAUUUGCCAAAAAAGUCAUUUUAAUAAACUAUAAUUUUUGAAGAACUUCCUUUUUUAUUAGUUUAGAAAGCCCCUUAUUUUUCAUAGAGGGGAUUUUGUAUACAUAACAUGAGUUAUUUAGUUUAACUCUGGCAAAAACAAUUUUUGUAUGUUGAAACAUUUGUAUCCCUUCAGUAUAAGGUGUCAUGUGCAUCUACCAAUCAGUUGGCAGUAGAGCAUCCCUCAGGCUGCUUGAUACCCAGUGUAGUUCAAGAGUCCAGGGACAUGGCAUCCAAAGGUCAUAGAAAGGUCUAGAUUCCUAUUUGAACCGUAUAAUGUAUUUUUCUCUUAGUAUUGCUGACGGCUGAAGAGUAUCUCCUAAGGAACCAAAUGAAAAGGUUGAAAGGGAAAGGGGAAGUAAGGGAAAGGAUGGGAAGGAAGAGUCUACUUUGAUGAUGACGUAUAUCCACAGUGAAAUACAUAGUUUGGUUUAUUGAAAAUCAGUCCCAAAUUUCUAAAAUUCUCUUUCUCUACCAAAAUCAGUUUUGGUUGGUAUUUGAGUUAUAAAGAGAUUAAAACGUACGUACUUUUAGAGGACAGCACUAGAACCAAUCAGCAGGUCUAAUCCCACCAGCAAGAAAACUACCACUUCUUGAUUUUUGCAAACUUAAAAAUUCUUUUAACUUUCUACUGUAAAUACAAAUUUAAACCUAGGUUUAAUAUAGUUUUCUCCAUUUUCCCAAGUGAUGUCACAGAUCAAUGUAAAUGGAUGUUCCAAACUACUCAGUGAGUACACAUAAUAAAGGCGUCCUGGGGGGCGAGUUGGCAUGCGGAAGUUACAUUGACCACAGUGUUCUCUGGGCCAGUUCUGUCUGACUGUGUGCUGAUGCAAACUUGAAACAGAGCCUGCAAAUGUCAUUUUAGAUCUCACUAACUACUGGAGUCUGUUCAUCUCGUAGUGGAAACUCUGAGUUGCUGAACUAUGUAUCUGAGGACUGUUUUAUGUUCUACACCAUUUUUGUUGUAUUACAACAUAUGUAGACACAGUAACCUGUGAACUAUCCUUUUCCAUAACUUUUAAAGAAUAUAUAUAUCUAAAUGAAUGCAAUGUGCAUAAAUAUUUUUUAAACACAACAGUAAACUAUUGCACCUUUUGCUAAUGCUUCUAUUUACUUGCUUUGGCAUAAUGAAUGAGCCAGUGAACUCAGUGUCCUGUGGAGAAAUGUGUAAAAGUUAUCUGAUAUUGCUCUUAGAUGUUAUGCUAAUUAAUGUUAAAUCACAAAUAAACAGUAUUUUAAAUAUA